AACCCACACCGGAUCUAUGUUUACUUUUUUGCAGUACGAUUUUAACCGCAAAGGACUAAGAAUUAUCUACAAUUAUUAAAAAUGACCUCAAUAAUUAAAUUACACACCAUAUCAGGAGCAAUGGACGAAACUCCUCCAUGCUAUAUUCUUCAAAUCGAUGAAGUGAAAAUAAUGUUAGAUUGUGGAUGGGACGAAAAAUUCGAUGCCAAUUUUAUAAAAGAAGUCAAAAGGCAUGUACAUACCAUAGAUGCUGUUUUGCUAUCGCAUCCUGAUGUCUAUCAUUUGGGUGCACUGCCAUACCUAGUCGGCAAAUUGGGCCUACAUUGUCCAAUUUAUGCUACCAUCCCGGUACACAAAAUGGGUCAGAUGUUUAUGUAUGAUCUUUACAUGUCACACUUUAAUAUGUAUGACUUUGAUCUAUUCUCCUUGGACGAUGUGGAUGCUGCUUUUGAUAAAAUCAUACAGCUCAAGUACAAUCAAACAGUUUCAUUGAAGGGUAAAGGUUAUGGCAUUGCCAUUACCCCCUUGCCGGCUGGUCACAUGAUUGGUGGCACUAUUUGGAAAAUCGUAAAGGUGGGAGAGGAGGAUAUAGUGUAUGCCACAGACUUCAAUCACAAAAAGGAACGCCAUUUGAAUGGAUGUGAGUUAGAACGAUUGCAGAGGCCUUCACUGUUAAUAACGGAUGCUUUUAAUGCACUGUAUCAACAAGCUCGCCGCCGGGCGCGCGAUGAAAAGCUAAUGACAAAUAUUUUGCAAACACUGCGCGGAAACGGCAAUGUUCUAAUAGCAGUGGACACCGCUGGCAGGGUUCUUGAAUUAGCACAUAUGCUGGAUCAGUUGUGGAAAAACAAAGAAUCUGGUUUGAUGGCAUAUACCCUUGCCUUGCUGAACAAUUUUUCGUACAACGUUAUUGAAUUUGCCAAGUCCCAAAUUGAAUGGAUGAGCGAUAAGUUAAUGAAAACAUUUGAAGGGGCUCGCAACAAUCCAUUCCAAUUCAAACACAUGCAACUUUGCCAUAGUUUGGCAGAACUCGCCCUAUUACCGGGACCUAAAGUUGUGUUGGCCAGUGAACCGGAUAUGGAAAGUGGAUUUACACGCGAAUUAUUUUUACAAUGGGCUGGAAAUCCCAACAAUAGUAUUAUCUUUACUUCAAGAACAUCUCAAGGAACAUUAGCCAUGGAUCUGGUAGACAAUCACACACCAGGCCGCAAAAUUGAAUUAGAUAUCAGGCGAAGAAUCGAGUUGGAAGGAGCAGAGCUUGAGGAAUAUCUUCGCAUUCAGGGAGAGAAAGUAAAUCGUUUGAUAGUUAAACAAGAUGCCGAAGAAGAGAGUAGUUCCGAUUCAGAUGACGAUAUUGAGAUGAGCAUAAUAACUGGAAAACAUGACAUUGUUAUACGUCCUGAGGGCAAACAACAUACUGGAUUCUUUAAAUCGAACAAGCGGCAUCAUGUAAUGUUUCCAUUCCAUGAGGAAAAAAUUAAAUGCGACGAGUACGGAGAAAUUAUAAACUUAGAUGAUUAUCGCAUUGCUGACAUGGCGUAUGAGAUGAACAUGGAGGAAUCUAACAAAGAAAAUGUUAAAAAAGAAGAAAUUAAGGGAGAGAAAAUAAAAACGGAGGAAGAUGUACAAUUGUUGGAAAAACCAACAAAAUGCAUAAGUCAACGCAAAACCAUUGAAAUAAAUGCUCAAAUACAAAGAAUAGACUUUGAGGGGCGUUCUGAUGGCGAAUCAAUGCUUAAAAUUCUUUCACAGCUGAGACCCAGACGAGUCAUUGUGGUGCAUGGCGUCGAGGAUGCUACAGACGCUGUGGCCAAGCAUUGCGAACAAAACAUAGGAGCGCGAGUAUUCACUCCUCAUAAAGGAGAGACCAUUGAUGUAACAACGGAGACACAUAUUUACCAAGUUCGUUUGACCGAAGGUCUAGUGGCCCAAUUACAAUUCCAAAAGGGCAAAGACGCAGAAGUUGCCUGGGUUGAUGCCCGCAUUGGUAUCCGAACCCAAGCAAUUGAUACACCAGCAUCGCAACCAACUAGCGAAACAGAUAAUGAUGUUACCGAGGCAUCGCAGGAUGAGAAAACAUUGACCUUAGAAUCAUUGGAGACCGAUGAGAUUCCCAAACACAACUCGGUGUUGAUUAAUGAACUGAAGCUGUCCGAUUUCAAACAAGUUCUGAUGAAGAACAACAUAAAUUCAGAAUUUUCUGGAGGUGUAUUAUGGUGUUGCAAUGGAUCCCUAGCAUUGCGACGCAUAGAUACCGGCAAAGUCACAAUGGAAGGUUGUCUAUCGGAGGAAUAUUACAAAAUACGUGAACUAUUGUACGAACAGUAUGCAAUUGUAUAAUUGCACAAAAGCUCGAAAACAAAUCUGUUUUUUAUUUUGUAAUAUCUCAUAGGGUAACAUUACGUACUUGUAAAAAUAGAAUAAAUAAGAAUUCAAUCUGGAUAAACUA